UGAAGAGAUUCGCCGUUUCUCCUUGUGGGUCAGUGCAAAUCAAACGGACAGAGGGCGGGGAAACAGUCACCGGUGAGGAAUAUACACAUCUCAUAUGAUCUGUUUGCUCGAUGGUGCCACGGCAGAUUCCAUUACAGUGUCUUAAGAUCUAGUACGAGGUGCUUCGGGCCUGAAAAUGGACACUAUUUCCCUGCUGGGCAGCAGCCCGGCCAGCACCAAAGUCUGUUUCCUACCAAACGGGCUGAAGAACGGGUCCAAAGAGGGAGCAGGCAAGCCCACGGUCGCCAUCAUCGGUUCAGGAGACUUCUCCAAAAGCCUGACCCUGCGGCUGCUCCGCAGCGGCUUUCAUGUGGUGGUGGGGAGCCGUCAGCCCAAGAGAGCGGCCGAGUCAUUCCCGCACGUGGUAGACGUGACCCAUCACGAGGACGCAGUGGGGAAGGCCAACAUCGUGUUCCUGGCCAUUCGCCGGGAGCACUAUUCCUCCCUCUGGGACAUCAAACACCUGCUGGCUGGAAAAAUACUGGUGGAUGUCAGCAACAACAGACGGGUCAACCAGUAUCCAGAAUCAAAUGCCGAAUACCUGGCCUCCCUAUUCCCAGAAUCCAUUGUGGUCAAAGGCUUCAAUGUGAUCUCAUCCUGGGCCAUGCAGUCAGGCCCCAGAGACUCCAGUCGACAGGUCUAUAUUUGCAGUAAUUCAGUGGAUGCUCGACAGCAGCUCAUUGAAAUGGCCCGUCAGCUCACUUUCAUCCCUGUGGACAUGGGUGCUCUCUCCUCUGCCAAAGAGAUCGAGAAUAUGCCACUGCAUCUCUUCACCGCCUGGAAAGGACCUGUUCUGACCGCAGUCGCCUUGUCCAUCUUCUUUUUCGCUUACUCCUUUGUGCGGGACAUUAUCCAUCCUUACAUGAAGACCAGACAGAGUUUUUUCUACAAGAUUCCUCUGGAAAUAGUGAACAGGACGCUGCCUGUAGUGGCUAUCGUUCUGUUAGCGCUGGUGUAUUUAGCAGGACAGCUUGCUGCUGUGUACCAGCUCAUCUACGGGACGAAGUACCGCCGCUUCCCACCCUGGCUGGAGGGCUGGCUGGAGAGUCGCAAACAGCUGGGCUUGCUGAGCUUCUUCUUUGGCUGCAUUCAUGUGCUGUACAGCCUCUGCCUACCCAUGAGACGCUCAGAGAGAUACCUGAUGCUCAACAUGGCCUAUCAGCAGGUGCAUGCCAACAUAGAGAACUCAUGGAACGAAGAGGAAGUUUGGAGAGUGGAGAUGUAUGUUUCCUUUGGAAUCAUGGGUUUGGGGCUCCUCUCUCUAUUAGCUGUCACUUCCAUUCCAUCGGUGCAUAAUGCACUCAACUGGCGAGAGUUUAGCUUUAUCCAGUCCACUCUAGGUUACAUCGCCCUGCUCAUUUCCACGUUCCACGCUCUGCUCUUCGGCUGGCAGCGGGCGUUUCUGGAGGAGUCUUAUCGCUUCUACAUGCCGCCCAAUUUUGUCCUGGCCCUAGUUCUGCCCGUCACGGUGGUAAUCGGAAAAGUGGUGUUGCUGCUUCCCUGUGUGAGCCGGAAGCUGAAGCGGAUCAGGCGUGGAUUAGACUCCAAUCAGAGCCGCACCAACCACGAGAGACCAGCUGCCCACGUUUCACCUGAGAGGGUCACCAUCAUGUAACUGCACCGCAGUUUUUAAUGUCACAGUAACGGUAAACUCUCAGCUUUUUGUUUCUAAUCAUGCACAUCAUACCUGGCCAGCAUACAGCCUAUCUAUAAGUUGACAUUUCAGCUGCUUUAUUGGACUCAAAGAUUUAUUUGUAGUUAGUAUUUGGUUCCAGUCCUGUUUUCUUUAAUGAACAGGAGUUGAGUUAGAACUGCAAUGGUCAUGUGACCUCAUUGACCCCUUCAAAGGAGGAUGUCAUGUGACUGACUGCAUGACCUGUGUCUAUUGUAUAUCAAAUCUUAUUAAAAAUAAUGUUAUUUAUGCACACUCUGCUGUUCAAAACUUUGGGAUCAGUAAGAUGUUUUUGAAUGUGUACUGUUUUAAUUCUCACCAAGGCUGCUGUUGUUUGAUAAAAAAAAAAAUUACCAUUGUGAAAUAUUAUUUCAACUUAAAAUAAGUGUUUUAUAUUUAAAUAUAUUUUAAAAUGUAAUUUAUUCCUGUCAUGCAAAGCUGAAUCUUCAGUGUCACAUGAUCCUAAUGCAUCUUUGAUGAAUGAGUCCUUGAUGAAUAACUUAUUAAAUUUUUUUCAAAAGUAAAAUCUUACUGACCCCAAACAUUUGAACACAUAUAAAUGUGCCGUUUGAUUAAAUCUCAUGCCAAAACUCUGGCUUAUGUCUUUACGUCAACAUGAAAAAUUGUCUUUGCAAUCUUUCAUCAACAUGUAACUUUAUCCACACAGGAAAUGGGUAAAGGUUAUGGCCAAAAUAACACAACUAUUGUUUUUGGGGAACUAAAAGCAUUACCCUUGUGAUCAAAAUGCUCCUAACUUUCAUAUCCCGGGCUUCAUUCUGGUACAGAAACACCCUCUUUUCUCUUUCCCAAUGGGACUCCCUGAAGUUCUGCCCUGUUUCACUAAGAAAUAUAUCACAGAAGUUAAAUGGGUUGUGAAUGUCAUUUCAUGUUGACUUUAGUAUAAUUUAAGCAUUUUUUAAACAUUGGAUUAACUGCAUCUACAACACUCUGUGAGAUUUGAUGGUUCAUAUGACAUGUUAGUGUCACACCGAAUCUGUUUUAACAUCUGUAUCAGUCACUGGAAAUGACCUGCACAGACUCACCGCUAAACAUCUCAUGCUAACUGACAGCUCGUUUCUACACUGUUUCCUGUGAAACUGUUUUGUGUCACUUGUCUUGUUGCACAGCACUAUCUGCCUCCAGUGUGUUGUUUGGUAGCAGUGUGAACACUCAAACUCCUGUGCCUCACUUGAUGUUUGGAGUGAGUAUCAAUAAAUACAAAUGUACAGAA